AUGGCCGAAAAAAUAAAGCUUGCGUCUAUUGAAAAAUACACGGAUUUAGGCACAAUACAAAUCAAAGAAAUUGAUGUCCCAAGCCUUCCUGAAGGCUAUGUUUUAAUAAAAACUGAGUUUGCAAGCAUAAAUCCUUCUGAUGAAAUCGUAGCAAUGGGUUGCUCUCAUUUUCAUCUCUCCAACAGUUCAUUAGGCCUACAAGGAAGUGGAACUGUUAUGCAAAGUGGAGGCGGAGCUUUAGCAAAUUCCUUACUCUCCCCCGAAAUUUAAAAUGGUGACAUCGACGGAAGAUGGAUCCUGAGAAUUCACUCCCUAUGGAGCAUCUAGGGCCCGUCCCGAUGAGGAUCUCUGUCCCUUUUUGAAGUAGGCCUUCAGGCUUGGGGAUGUCUUUCUGAAGAGGGAAGUCUAUUUCUCCCGCGAAGGUUUCCCUGUCCCUUCAGAUGGGCUAGGCAGGGUUCCCUCCCACUUAGUCUUUGCUUAUUGGGACUAGCAGGGCAUCCAUAAGAGGUUACUCUAAGCUAUGAGCUAAUCCUUAGGCUAGGUGGGUUUACACCAGAUAGACAAGCUAGUGAUCUAUCCGCUUAGCCUUAUAUAUAACACUUAACUUAACUUACUCUUCCUUAGAUAUCAAAAUAAUUGAAAAAUCCAUAUUUUUUUGAGAAAUUAAUCUCCCUUAUAAGCUAACAAAAAACUUCUAAAUAUAUAUUUUCUAUCUGCCAUAUAAUUAACAAUUAUUCUAAUAAAAUAUCUAACUAAUUUAUAAAUUUAAACUAUAGUGCGUGCUUAAACAUAAAUUUUUAAAUAAAUUAUAUUUAUUUAAAUUGGGAUUUUAAAUUUAAAAAUAAAUUAUCCAAAAUUUAAAAAAUAAAUAAGCCUCCACCAAAAUAUUUAUUCGCAAAUAGAAAAGGAGUUGGUAAACAAGCGCGUUGCUUUUCUUGUUUCAGGACAAAAUUCAAUAGGCUCCUUCUCUGAAUAUUCAAUAACAAAAGCUGAAAAAGUGCUGCCGAUUAAUGAUGAUUUUAGUUUUGAAAAUGCUGCAAAUGUAUUUACAGCUUUUACAGUUGAAUAUAUGAUGAAAAAAAUAAAAAAGGGGAACCAUAGAGCUGUUAUACAAACAGCUGCUGCAAGCAGCGUUGGAAAAGCACUAUUAAGGUAUUGCCAUUAUUAUGGAAUCCCAGUGAUUAAUCUGGUCAGACGAAAUGAUCAAGCAGAGGUGCUAUAAUUUUUGACCAACAAAAUAUACUUAUAAAAUCCUCAAAAUAUUUUAUUUUUAUAAAAAAUAAAAAUAAUAUAAAAAAAAUUAAAGCUAUAAGCCAAAUUAUAAGGAAUAAGGGAUAUAGGGGCUGAUUAUAUUAUAAUUACAACUUCUGAAGGAUGGCAAAAUAGAACUAGGCUACUUGUGAAAGAGCUUGGAGCAACAAUUGGAUUUGACGCGAUUUCUGGAGAAAUGGCUGGAGAAGUAUACGAUUUAAUUAAAGAGCCUGGGAAAUUAUAUAUCUAUGGUAAUCUCUCUGGACAAUUCUGCAUGAUAAACCCAACAAGUCUUGCAAGAAAAAAAAUAAUUCGAGGACUUGAUUUAAAUAUUUGGCUUACAAAACUGACUAUAUUGAAAAAGAUGGAUAUUUUUGAUAAAGUCCAAAAGUUAUAUGACCAGAUAUUUAGAAUUGAUUACAAAGAAACAAUCAACCUCAAUAAGUUGAAAAAUGCUCUUAUUUCUUAUAGAGAAAGAAAAACAAACUCAAAAAUUUUGGUGAGAACAAGAUUUGACUAA